AUGGCCACCGUAAAAGACUCGGUGCCCCAUAUCAUCAGAACGGCCGAGGAUCCGCGGCAAAGUGGCAUAUGGACCGCUCGGUUGAGCAAGAUUGAACAUGUCAAUUCCAAGAUACGCUUGCUGAGACUGAGUCUGCAAAGAGAUGGACCACCUCUCCGCCAUCUUCCAGGUCAAUACAUAGACCUGUACAUCCCCAACAUCGACGUUGUGGGCGGCUUCACCAUCACAUCGCCGCCUCAAUCGACCUCUCCGUCCCAAGAUGACCCACACAUAGAACUGGCCAUCCAGUCCUCUCCGUCAAAUCCGCCAGCGGCAUACCUCUGGCGACCCGCACACGAAAUCCUCGACUCAACGGUAACGUUCCGCGUGGGUGGGAAUUUCGUCUACCCGCCGCCGACUUUGAACCAAGAAGAAUGCCGGGCAUUGGAUAGAGUGGUUUUCGUCGCGGGAGGUGUGGGGAUAAAUCCCAUCAUGAGCAUGAUCUCCGCGAUGCAUGUGUUGGGAGCGGACAAACUGGGCGGGAUGCCAAGGACCGUCAGAGUCCUGUAUGCCUCACGACGAGAGAGGAAUGAUGAGACCGGCGCAGAAGAAGAGAUUUUGUUCGAGAAGAGGUUGAAAGGCAUAGCCGAGAAGUGGAGAGACCACGACCGCGUCGACUUCAAAUACAGUCUUUUCGUGACCUCCGGGACAGAAGAGACGAAGCAAGACGAAGUCGCAGAAGGAAAUAUAGCAACGCGGUACAGACGGAUCAAGCACGAUGACCUCUUCGACGCCCUCGGCCCUGAAGGCAGCAGAGCUCACACGGCCGUCUAUGUCUGCGGCUUGCCAACCAUGACGGACGAAUUCGUGGCUCUGCUGCAGAAAGCGCCCGGGAUGGAGGAAAGGAGAGUGCUCUGCGAGAAAUGGUGGUGA